AUGGAUUUAACACCAUUACCACCCAAGCCACAACAACAACAAUAUUCACAAUCUUCGUUUGAAUUGCAAAAACUGUCGACAUUACCCUUACUAUUAGAAGAUUUAUCGAAAUUUCGUCGUCAACAGCAGAAUCCAUAUAAACACGAUAAUAAUUUAACCAAUACUUUGUUGUUGAUGCAUAAGGUACUUUCGAGAUUAAAUUCACGUAUGGAACGAGCGGACGAUGAGAAUGAUCGUUUAACAUUUUCGAGAAAAGCUUCUAAACGUGCUAUUCCUUCACCACCACCACUUGUUCCAUCAGCCAUUUCACCCGUUGCAGCGAAUCAAGAGUAUGAUAUCCACGAUAGAAUUGAACAUGUGUUUAAUGAUCGUAUGCGAAUUAUUUUGGAAAAAUUUGACUUAAAUUUAGAUAAUUUACGCAAUUCGAUCGAACGUUUGAAACUUUUUGAUGAGUUAUUACACGACAAAAUGAAUAGUAUAAUUGAUAAACUGCAAGAUAUAACACAAGAACGCCAGCAAUCCCAACAAGAAUUAAGAAUAAUGGUUGACUCAAUAGAAAAAAAUGCUGAACAAGGUACGGAGGAAACAGUUCAGAAGGAAACAGCUUAA